CAGCAGCCGAUUAACAGCACUUCUGUAUAUUUCCUCACCUUUGCAGCCUGUGUGCUCACAGCCACCAACCUUUCACAUCUUAACUCUCUCGUUGGCUUCCUAACGAGCCCCUACAUCCCCUCCAUCUGCCAAUAUCUUCCCCGCAGGCCACUGCCUGCCUCACCCCACCAUGCCGCCUUACUCUACUGCUCAGAAGCAAUGUAUAAUGCAAUUCGUGAACCUCACCCAAGCCAAGGAUGCAGUGGCUGCAAAGUUUUUGAAAGCAUCUCGCUGGAAUGUGGAACAAGCUCUUGAUGCAUACUUCCAAAGCUCCUCCGGCGCCGGCGGUAGCACAUCCUCACUGAGCAAGAUCUUCGACAGUUAUCGAGAUGCCCCAGAAGACAACCCAGACGGGAUCGGCAUCGAAGGAGCGAUGAAAUACCUCGGCGACAUCAAAGUUGGCCUCGACGAAGUAACAUGUCUAGGAAUCGCCGAACUGCUCAAAUCCCCCUCAAUGGGCGAAUUCACCCGCGAAGGCUUCAUCAACGGCUGGAGAAUAACUGGAUCCGACACCCUCGACAAAAUGAUCGCCCACGCCGCAGACAUCCGCGCGCGCAUUCCCAUCCAACCGGACCUCUUCCGGCGGGUGUACCGCUUCACCUUCCCACUCUGUCGCAUGCAAGGCCAGCGGAACCUGCAGUUCGAGAUCGCGGCAGAGCAAUGGCGGCUGUUCUUCACGCCGCAGAAUGGCGGGGUGCAGUGGAACACGGAGUCGACUCCGUGGUUGGAUUGGUGGAUUGAGUUCCUGCAGGAGAGGGGGGGGAGGCCUGUGAAUAAGGAUCUGUGGGAGCAGGUGGAGGUGUUUAUGCGGAAGACGAUGGAGGAUGAGAGCUUUGGGUGGUGGAGUGCGGAUGGGGCGUGGCCGGGGGCGUUGGAUGAUUUUGUGGAGUGGGUGCAGAAGAAGAGGGGGGAGGAUAUGGAGGUUGAGUAGGUCUCUUGAAUUCUAUCAUUCUUGAUGUGGUAUUUGACUAGUAGUCUACGAC